UAUCGAGUGUUAUUUACAGAGGGCGCCUCUGGACAUGUCAUGAAAUAAAUACGGAAAACAAGUUGUUUGAGAUCCAUUAAUUUUGAUUUCGUUUUUACUAGAUUAACAAUGUUGACGUUAGUAGUGUUAGGAAGUAUUUUAUCCACUGGGCUUUGUAUGCCAGGAGGAUAUUCCACAGUUGAUAAAACUAGUCCAUCUUAUUCAACGUACACGGAUCUGCUCAAGGAACAGAAAACGACGAACCUACUAGGUUCUUUAGAUGUUUCCGCGUACACUAUUGCGAAAAUUGAAACACAGGUUGUUGCAGGACUAAAUAUUAAAUACACAUUUAAUACUAAUGGCGGAACGUGUCAUCUGGUUAUAUUUGAUCAGUCAUGGACCGGCACGAGAUCCGUACAUGACAAUACAUGUGCACAGAAUGGAAAACGUCAGCUUGGUGGUAUGCUGGCUGGAGGGUACAGUGAGCAAAAAGGCCAAGAUGAGAUCCAAAAAUACACAGAAAUGCUUGCAACUUUGCAGUCAAGUACUCAGCUGGACUCGACUCAAUACACAGUCCAAAAAGUUGAAACUCAGGUUGUUUCAGGACUCAACAUCAGAUACACCCUGCUAAUUAAUGGGGCAACCUGUACAGUUGUUGUAUGGGACCAGCCAUGGACCAACACAACACAGGUCACUCAAAAUACCUGCAAACAUGCAAGACGUCAGUUGCUCGGAGGUUACAACAAUGUUGAUGUGAACUCUCCUCAGGUACAGCAGUGUCUGUCCUUGUCUGUAGAAAGAGUGAAUGCCAUGUCCAACAGUAUGUUCAGAAUGGUCAAAGUUGGCAUCGUUUCUGCUCAACAACAGGUUGUAGCAGGAAUGAACUAUGCUGUGACCUUCCAGAUGGGCGAAUCAACGUGUAUGAAGUCUGACUACGCAACGGGAAAAGUGACUAGUUGUCCACUUAAUGCCAAUAGCGCAAUGAGUCCAACAACCUGGAAGGCUCACUGUUUCAGGAGUCUGGAUGGAACUUUCUCAUUUACAGGUGUAGACAUGGCGGAAGAGCCAACAACUGACCUUCAGUUAGACAAUGACCAUGGUCUAACCUUGAAGCCUGUUGAUAGCGUGAAGAGCAAAUUAGUCAAGGUAAAUAACGUCAUGGUAGGAAAGGUCAAGGACAGACUCAUUAAGGGCAAAGCUUUUCUAAAGGCUGAUCAGCAACCUGUUAUUAAUCUCCUGAGAAAGAAGAGGAACAUCAAUUUUUUGAUAGAAAGACUUGAUAACAUGGUUGAUAAUUCAAAAGACUUAAGUGAUAUUGUUGAGCAGGGUAAAGCAAUGUUUGGAGGAGGUGAUGAUCAUGAUUUGGUGAACCAUGUUAAGGAUUUGAUUGGUCAAGAUGGGAUUGAUACGAUUAAGCAUGGAGGAAAAAUACUAGGAGGUGAUGGUCAUGAUUUGGUUAACCAUGUAGAAAAAAUUCUAGGUGGUGAUAGCCAUGACUUGAUUGACCAUGGGAAGAAAUUACUUCGUGGUGAUGGUCAUGAUUUGGUAGCACAUGGAGCAAAACUGCUUGGAGGAGAUGACCAUGAUUUGGUAGACCAUGGAAAGAAACUGAUUGGAGGAGAUGACCAUGAUUUGGUAGACCAUGGAGUUAAACUGCUUGGAGGAGAUGACCAUGAUUUGUUAGACCAUGGAAAGAAAUUGAUUGGAGGUGAUGACCAUGAUUUGGUGGACCAUGGAAAGAAAUUGAUUGGAGGUGAUGACCAUGAUUUGAUACCACAUGGAAAAAAGAUUCUUGGAGGAGAUGACCAUGAUAUGGUAGAUCAUGGGAAGAAAUUGAUUGGAGGUGAUGACCAUGAUUACAUAGACCAUAAGAAGAAAUUGAUUGGAGGUGAUACCCAUGAUUAUGCAGAACAUGGAAAGAAAUUGAUUGGAGGUGGUACCCAUGAUUAUUUAGACCAUGGGAAACAGAAGAAACCUAGUAAGAAUCUAGGAAGAGAUGGCCAUGAUUAUUGUCAUAGAGGGAUGUUCAAUGAGUUCAAGGCUAAAUUCAACAAGUUGUAUGGUAGUGCUAAAGAGGAAGAGAAGCGUUACACAAGGUUCUGUAUCAACAUGAGAAUGGCCCGGAAGUUACAGGAGACUGAGCAAGGCUCGGCUAUCUACGGAGCAACAAAGUUUGCUGAUCUUACAAAGGAGGAGUUCCAGCAAUAUGUAGGCAAGAAAUGGGACAUUGCAGCUAACCAGGGAAUGAAGAAAGCUGCAAUACCAAGAGGAAGUGCCCCUGAUUCUUUCGACUGGAGGGAGCAUGGUGCUGUUACACCUGUCAAAAAUCAGGGAAGUUGUGGAAGUUGUUGGGCUUUCUCCACCACUGGUAACAUUGAGGGGCAAUGGGCCAUCAAGAAGAAAAAGCUUGUCUCGCUCUCAGAGCAAGAGCUUGUAGACUGUGACAAGGUUGAUGAGGGAUGUAAUGGAGGAUUGCCAUCACAGGCAUACAAGGAAAUUGAAAGACUUGGUGGUCUGGAAACUGAGAAAGACUACUCGUACAGGGGCGAGGAUGAGAAAUGCCACUUCAACAAGACAGAUGUGAAAGUCUACAUCAAUGACUCUGUCUCAGUAUCCUCUGAUGAAGCAGAAAUGGCAUCAUGGCUAGCAGCUAAUGGACCCAUCUCUAUUGGUAUCAAUGCCUUUGCUAUGCAGUUUUACAUGGGUGGGAUCUCUCAUCCUUGGAAGAUAUUCUGUAAUCCGAAAGAUCUUGAUCACGGAGUGCUGAUCGUUGGAUACGGAGUCCAGGAUGACAAGCCUUAUUGGAUCGUUAAGAACAGCUGGGGACCUGACUGGGGCGAAAAGGGUUACUAUCUUGUGUACAGAGGAGCUGGAGUGUGUGGUCUAAACACAAUGUGUACAUCUGCUGUCGUUGACUAAACUUUGGAUAAAAACAGUUGACUGCUGUGUAAUAGAUCUUUCUGAAUGUUGAUCUGCUUUUCGAUAAUCCUAUAUGCUGAAUACAUGAUCUGAUUUCCCCACUGAAUUUUUUGUGAUAUUUGCUUUUGACUGUUGCAUAUGUACAUAAUUAUAUACAUAUUAACAAUUCAGUUACAAAAUUAUUCCAAUUCCACUUUCUGAUUUUGUUGAAGAAGUAAAUUAAUUAAAUUAAUAAAUUUUGUGCUUUCACGGUCUCUGUGAUAAAAAAACUACUGAUUGACAUCUUGGAUCGGAUUUUAUUUUAAUAUUUUGAUCUCAACUUGAUUUAUAUCGGGAAUUAAUGGCUUGAGUUGUUCACUAUUUACUACUUGAAAAAAACCUCUCCAUGUGAACAAAAUUACAAAUCGAUCUGUUGAAAUAUUAUUUUUGUACAUAUCCAUUGAACUAUGCAGAAAUGGUGCGGCUUUUAAAUUCAUUGUUAAAGGUUGACUGUCACUGUUAAAACUUGCUGCUUUAUUAUCCAGAAAGACUGGAAUAAAAGGAAGGUACGAAAGGACUCUGAAUGUGAAGUCUGUGUAAUGAUGUUGUUUUAUGUAUACUAAUAUGUUAAUCAUAUAAUGUAGAAAGUUUAAAAAAAAUGAUGAAAAUAUUAAUCUUCACUAAUGCAAUGUAUUCUAAUCAAAAGAGCUCACCAACCAGUUACUAUUUUGACCUAUUGUGUCAUCUCAUUGAUGAUGAAAUAACACCCAUUAGCUGUUUAGCAUUAGAAACUUUGAAGGGUCCUCCAGCAAACGGAUGAAGUUUCAGGAUAGAAAGUCAGCUAGUUUUAGAGGUAUUGUGAAAAAUAAUAUCCCUUGCUUCUGGCAAAAAUAAUGUAAAGAUAAGAAAGGCAGGUUGGUUGUUUUGAUUUCUAUAUUGCCAUGUGAUAUACAAUACACACACAAACUAAUAACUGCUUAUUACCGGUAGUUCACGUUUUAUACACUUUGGGUUUUUUUAUUUAAAGUGUAAUAGUUUUUUAUUUUUAUUUUUUUGCAAAAAUGUAAUAUUGCAUAACAGUGUAUAAUAUAAAUUGAAUCAUGCCAUUGGUUUAAACAUAAACAAACAAAAAAUGAUAGGUUUUGAGCUAGCAAAUUUAGAUAGGGCAGUGUUUUGCCUUUGUUUCAGUUUUGUAAUUUACAUUAUAUAGGCCUAUAUUAAUACAGGUAUUUUUAUUGUGUGGGUUGUAGGAUUUUUAAUGUGAGGAAGCCAUCCAGCUGGCUUAUGAAAGUCCCUCUAAAUGCAACAAAAGAAAAAAAUCCUUUUACUGUCAUUGUUUAAUGUGACUGUUUUUGCUAUAUGAUAUUGAAGGAAUGAUAUUUGUAUGGUUGGAAUUAUUCUGUGAUAUUUUAUUUGAAUUUUGCUUAUUCACCUAUAUCUCAGGUUUGAAGGUUUUUUUCUUAUUUCUAUAUACAGUUGAAAAUCAGCAUCUCGUAUUCGCUUAUCUGGAAAUUUUAUUUUGAAGAAAUUUUUAUUUACAGUUAGUUUAAACAAUAUUUUAUUUUUGAAGCAAUAUACACAUAACAUGUACAACAAAUUUUUACAGGUCAAAUACAUGGAUUGGAAAACAAGCUGUUAGCUUAUGUAAAUUCCUUUCCAAAUUUACAGUUGAAAGUCGUUGUCUCAUAUUCGCUUAUCUUGAAUUUCUGGUUAUUUGGAAGAAAUUUUCUAUUUGUGUAUAAAACUUUCUGAAGCCCUGCUAGUCAAAGUCAUAAGAAUCUACCUACUGGUUUUAUGGAAAUAAAACAAAUUGCGAUGUUACGUGUUACAUCUUAAAACCUGUCAUACUUCUCAGGUUGUUUCAAAUUUGGCCGGAUUUUAUAUUGUAUACAAAGUCAACAACAAGCUUUUUCACCAAGUUUAAUGUUUAACGUCAUAUUUUGGCAAUCUUGAAGUAAAAUGCUCAGUGCCUUGGAACUUGAGAUCCCCAGAGUUUCAGCUGUAUCUAGAAAUGAAAAAUGUAGUGCAAGUCUUGGGUUGAAUUAUGACAUUUUUAUAAGACAUCAUUAUAGAGAUUUAACUAUACUCGAUACAUUCAGUGCUAAAAGGUGUUGUUUUUGUUAAAGGCUUCAUUAACUUUUCCUGGAUAAGACGCCAGACACAUGAAAAGAUGUAAAAAGUUGUUUUCUUGGGACAGUUUAGGUUAAAUUUAACAAACGGAUUGAUUUAAUUACAAAUGUUCACACUGUAUAGAAAUAUGUGUUAAUUUUUAUUCUAGCUAAAGUCAAUGAUUAGUCAAGAGCAAACUUUCUUUCGAUUUACUUUGAAAAGAAGGCUAUGAAGACAGAUUUUGAUUGUGUGGAAAAAGGUUGUAGUACUAAUGUUUGAAAGUGUUGUAUUUUUUGUCACAUUUGAUACUAAAACUUUUAUUUUUUAGUUUUCAUUUCAUGAAUUUUUGUCAAGAUACAAGUAAUGUGUUUGGGUACGUCCCUUUGAGUGAAAUUUCAUAAUGACAUUUUGGGAUAUUGUAUACCAUUGCUGUAAAAUAUAAAUAUCAAAUUGUUCAAAACAAGUAGGAACUACAUGUACUUUCUAUUGAGGAUUUUGGGCAAUUCAAACAUACAACUGAACAAAUUUUGUGAAGGUUUUUUUUUUUUUUUUU